GAUAGCAGAGCGGAACGUGUGAAAGAUGCAGGUCCAGGACAACCAACUUUCCUCUAGUAGUUGCUCCGUCUGUUGCAUACUCAGUUGCAGUUGCAGCCUGCAAGAAACAUAUUUUGGUUCGAGAUCUUUUCCAAAUUUCUCAAGACGAUUCAGACCCUUUACUGAUAAGUUCUCUUUCUGAUACAGUCUUGAGAAGUGGGUUUCUUAAGAUUUUCUUUGAGAAACUCGAAAUCAAUGGCCAUGGCUAUGCAAGUUACUGGGAUUGCGUGCUUCUCAUCUUCUGGGUUUUCGCAGAGACAUCAGAGGAGGAAUUUUCGCCGAAGUGCAGCUCCCAGAGCUGCUGCUUCCGAGGGAUUGGCCUCUCCGAGUGUUGACGAUAACAAGUUGAAGUUAGGAGGGUCGGAGUUGAAGGUCACGAAGGUUGGAAUCGGAGCUUGGUCUUGGGGUGAUACCAGCUACUGGAACAAUUUUCAAUGGGAUGAUAAAAAGAUGAAGGAUGCUAAGGAUGCUUUCAAUGCCAGUAUUGAUUGUGGCAUAACCUUGUUUGAUACAGCUGAAGUUUAUGGCUCUAAGUUAUCAUUUGGUGCCAUCAGUUCUGAAACUCUGCUUGGAAGAUUCAUCAGUGAAAGGAAGAAAAGGGAACCUGAAUUGGAGGUGGCUAUUGCCACCAAGUUUGCUGCAUUACCAUGGAGGCUGGGACGUGAAAGUGUCUUAUGUGCCCUUAAGGACUCCCUAAGCCGCCUUGGGGUAUCCUCGGUUGAACUGUAUCAGCUCCAUUGGCCAGGACUGUGGGGAAAUGAAGGGUACAUAGAUGGUCUUGGAGAUGCAGUAGAGCAGGGCCUAGUGAAAGCUGUUGGUGUUUCAAACUACAGUGAGAGUCGUCUUCGAGCGGCUUAUAAGCAGCUGAAGCAAAGAGGUAUCCCGUUGGCCUCAAACCAGGUAAACUACAGCCUUAUUUACAGAAAGCCAGAGGAAAAUGGAGUCAAAGCGACCUGUGAUGAACUGGGAGUCACCGUGAUAGCCUACAGUCCAAUUGCCCAAGGUGCUCUUACCGGAAAGUAUACGCCGAUGAACCCACCAAGCGGACCACGAGGCAGGAUUUACACUCCGGAUGUUCUAACCAAGCUCCAACCACUAAUAAAAAGAAUUGGAGAAAUAGGUGGCAAGUACGAGAAGACAAACACACAGGUAGUGUUGAACUGGUUAAUAUGUCAGGGGAAUGUGAUUCCAAUCCCAGGCGCCAAAACUGCUGAGCAGGCCAAGGAAUUUGGGGGUUCAGUUGGGUGGAGUCUUUCAACUGACGAGGUUGAUGAACUGCGGUCCAUGGCAUCAGAAAUAAGCCCAGUUAUUGGGUUCCCUGUUGAAAUGUUAUGAAAAUUUGGUCCAACUGAGAUGCCGAUGCAAUAUUUAGUAAACACUAGCCUGUCUCAUCGUGUAACGGGAAUCAAUGAUAAAUAGUCUUCAUGUCAUUGCUGCGUAUGAAGAACAGAACAUAACAGGUUUGUUAAUUGGACAAGAUUUGGCCUGCUCCAAGCAAUUGUAUUCAUCCCAAAUCGAAUGAUCACCGAGUCACAGUACCAUUUACUUAGCAGCUGCUAGCUGGUUGGUGCUAUUGUAAGUCGGAGAACAAAACCACAACCACCACCAGCUGCCAUAUGUAAUCACAGUAAGAAAAAACGAGUCCCUGUUUAUCUCUUCGCUGUAAACCGUAGAACCUUGUGAAAGCAAAGCAAACAGAUUUUGGCACCUAAUCUUCAAACCGACAUCUCUUCAUUUUGUGUACGCAACAUCAGUAAAGAUGAGAUUGCUGC